AUGGAUGGCUUGUUAAUAAACACCGAAGACAUGUACACUGUUGCUAUAAAUAAGGUCUUGGAGGCACAUGACAAAGGUACUAUGUCUUGGGAUCUGAAGUUGCAGUUGCAAGGUUUGCCUGGUCCAGAAGCUGGCCGUAAGGUUAUUGAAUAUUAUGAUUUACCUUUGUCAUUCGAAGAAUUUGAUACGUUGAAUAGGAAACAUCAGGCAAUCCUGUGGCCAACGAGCAAAUUUCUCCCUGGAACAUUAGAGCUUAUUGCUUACUUAAAGGAAAGGAACGUUCCAAUUGCGCUCUGCACCUCUUCCACUGUAGAAAAGUUCCAUCAUAAAACUUCCCACCUUACUGAAGCUUUCAAAGCAUUCGACGUUAUAAUUACUGGUGACGAUCCCAGAAUUCCAAAAGGCAGAGGUAAACCUUUUCCAGAUAUCUGGCAACUGGGGUUGAAGGAAUUAAAUGCUAAAUUCAACACAGAUAUUGAGAGUAACGAAUGUCUAGUCUUUGAAGAUGGUAUUCCUGGGGUCAAUGCUGGAAAGAGUUUUGGCGCAUACGUCAUCUGGGUCCCUCAUAAAGAUGCGAUUGCGCUAGUCAAAGACCACAAAAUAUUAGGCGAUAGAGGUGAAAUGCUAGAAUCUUUAGAACACUUUGACCGUUCCAAGUUUGGAUUAUAG